GGCACAGUGGAGUACGGGACAGGCAGAGCCACGCCGAGGGCAGCGGCAGCAGAGGAGGAUGGAGGCCAACAUGAACCUCCUGCAUGAUGCAGGCAUCAGGACAACACACUGGCUGCAGCAGCGCUUCCAGGGCUCCCAGGACUGGUUCCUCUUCAUCUCUUAUGCUGCUGAUCUCAGGAAUGCUUUUUUUGUCCUCUUCCCCAUCUGGUUCCACUUCAGUGAAGCAGUGGGCAUCAGGCUCAUCUGGGUGGCUGUAAUUGGAGACUGGCUCAACCUCGUCUUCAAGUGGAUCCUCUUUGGGGAGAGGCCAUACUGGUGGGUCCUCGACACAGACUAUUAUGGCAACAACUCCGCACCAGAGAUCCAGCAGUUCCCGCUCACCUGCGAGACUGGUCCCGGGAGCCCAUCUGGCCAUGCCAUGGGUGCAGCAGGAGUGUACUAUGUCAUGGUGACGGCUCUCCUCUCUGCUACUGGAGGAAAGCAGUCAAGGACAUUCAGAUACUGGGUGCUGUGGACAGUGCUUUGGAUUGGGUUCUGGGCAGUUCAGGUCUGUGUCUGCAUGUCCCGAGUCUUCAUUGCUGCUCACUUCCCCCACCAGGUGAUUGCAGGGGUUUUCUCAGGGAUGGCUGUGGCCAAGACCUUCCAGCAUGUCCACUGCAUCUACCAUGCCAGCUUCCAGCGGUACCUGGGCAUCACCGUCUUCCUCUUCAGCUUCACCCUGGGUUUCUACCUGCUGCUCUGGACAUUCGGUGUGGACCUGCUCUGGACGCUGGAGAAGGCACAGAAGUGGUGCAGCCACCCUGAGUGGGUCCACAUUGACACCACUCCCUUUGCCAGCCUCCUCCGUAACCUGGGCAUCCUCUUUGGGCUGGGGCUGGCCCUCAACUCCCACAUGUACCAGGAGAGCUCCCGGUUAAAGCAGGGCCAGCAGCUGCCCUUCCGCCUGGGCUGCAUCGCUGCCUCCCUCCUCAUCCUCCACAUCUUCGAUGCCUUCAAGCCACCCUCCCACAUGCAGCUGCUCUUCUACGCCCUCUCCUUCUGCAAGAGCGCGGCCGUGCCGCUGGCUACUGUCGGCCUCAUCCCCUACUGCCUCUCCCAGCUCCUGGCCACACAGGACAAAAAGGCUGCCUAAGGCAGGCAGACACCCCAGCCCUGGGCUCAGGGACAGCUGCCAGGCCCUGGCUGCACCUCAGCCGCUGUCUGCUUCCCGCUGAAUCUGCACGGGCUGGCUCUGCCCUGGGAGCAGACCACGGAGGCUGGGCUGGUGCUGCUGCCAGGUGGCUCCCACAACACGGACACACAGUGGCAGCCACGCUGCUCUCACGGCUGGUGGCACAGAGAGCCCUGCGUGCCCAGGACUCCCCUGCUGUCCCUUCUGCACCCACAGCUGGGGGUCACCAGCCCAGGACCCAGCAGCAGCAGCGGGAGGUCCUGCACUCCCUUGCAGCUCGUGGGGACAGGCCACCUCCAUGCUGCAGGGCUGGGGACAGCACCACUGCGAGCAGGGUUCUCACCUCAGCUGAAGAGGCAGCUCUGUGGCAGGAAUGGGCAGACACUGACAUGGAGAGACCCCCCAGGCCUGGGACGUUUGGUGCUCACCUGUGUGCGAGGCAGUGCAGGGUGCACACACGCCCAUGUGUGUACAUGCAUAACACACACCUGUGCACACAGGACAUGGGGUGGGGUUGUGCACAGGAGGGAUUUUAUUAAAGCUGAACAUUGUUUAGGCUGGUGAGUUUGAGUGUCCUGCUAGCCAGUGCCAUGGGGUGGGGGAUCAGCUCCUGGAUGCAGGGUUGUGGCAUGGCCUGCAGAUGGUAAAGGACAUUUUUCCUGGGUGCUGAAGACCCUCAACACCUGCAGGACACGCUCAAGCCACUGGGAAGGCUAGUGCCUAGUGCCCUGGGUCUCUACCUUUUGCCCUGAGGUGCAGUUGAACACUGACAGCACACUGGGGCCAAUGAGCUGCUUUUUGUGCUGUUUAUCCAAGGCUUCUGGAUGCACUUUGUGCCAGGAACAAACUUGUGUCACCUCACUGCUCACAGAAACAAGCUCAGCUUUGAGACCAACUGGCUCAGCUGGGGCUGUGCUGAGCCCCCAGGGUGUUGGGGACAGAACUGGCAUUUGGCUGCGGUGCGAGGUUGCGGUCAUGCCCCUCCCUCCUCAGUACCCCAGCCCAGUGCUCACUGCAGCAGGAAAUCCUGUGGGCUCAACCUGCACCCUCUGAGCUGUGCAGGCAGUACAGCCCUGUUUACUUUCUCAGUAAACAUCCUUGCUCAGUCUGAGACAGUCCAAAAUAGAUAGGCAGGUACUUUCUUCCUGCCAGACUGUGUGUAUGUGUAGGAUUUCUCCCAAAGCACCAGCCCCUGAAGCUCUGACCCCACACCCAGUUGCAGGCCCCAGUGGUGGUUCCUGUGUUCUGACACCAUCCCAAGAGCUCAGCCAAGGCUGUGGCCAUGCAGCAGUCACAGCACCAUGGCUGGGAACCCCGUCUGCUGGGGCUGCUCCCAUCUCCUUGCUCACGGCAGAUAAACUUCCCCUAGCAUGGAGGUUUCUUUUAUUCUGUUUCUCUGUGUAUUACCAACAUCUGGAAUAAACCUGUCAUUCCAUUUCUA